GACAACAAUAUAAGUCAGUGCUAGGUCAAUCUAUCCUGCACAAAGUAGUGUGAAAAUAUUUUUUUAAAUUCGCGAUUUUUUAUUGUUAAAAAAAAAGUAUUAUCAAAUAAAAUGUGGAAAUGGAUUAUUUUGUGUAUAAUGUUUAUAGAUCAAGCUAAUUGUGAUAUAGUGAACAAUAAGUUAGUUUACAAUGAUAACAACAGAGUGACAUUUUUCCCACCAAAUACAGCGAAGUAUUUUGGUUAUUCUGUCUUUUUGACAGCUCAAAAAUUAAUCGUUGGCGCCCCGAAAGCAAAUAGUACCGAAUAUCCUUAUGUAAAAUCGGGACGCGUGUUCACGUGUUCCGUAAAAGAGACAUCCAUGUACGUGAUAAUAUGUAAUCAACUGACUGUCCACGAUAGGGGAAGGUUUGAUACGAAAAAAUUUCUCACCAAAGACAUGUUAUUUGGAGCAACAGUUGGUGCUAUAAAUGACAAUAUAAUAUUCGCUUGUGCCCCGUCAUGGGCUGAAUCAUACAAAGACACCCAUCUUUUAACAAUAGGCGCAUGCUACGCCUUUACAUCUACAAGGAGAGAUCAAAAGCUUUUUCCACUAAAAGAUAAUUACGCAAUAAGUGCCCCAGGUAACCGGAAAGAAUAUCUAGAUUAUGGUGGGAAAUAUCUGAACUUCUACGCGUACGGUCUAGCCGGUUUGUCUAUGAAAGUCACUGAUGACAGUAACAUACUUUUGGGAGCACCAGGAAUUUUGCAAAAUACUGGUGGAAUAAUCGAUUACUUCAUUUUGGAGAGAGGUCCUACAAUAAGGAAACAACCUGUAGCGAAUCCAUACUUUACCUACGACUUGGGGCCCGACGAUUAUUUUGGAUACAGUGUAGAAUCAGCCAUGUUUGAACCUCACGGGAUAUUUCUCCAAGUGGGGGGAGCCCCUCGAUCUAAAAUGGGUCUUGGCCAGGUGUUAAUCAUAGAACCGGUGAAAAUAGAGUCCGAUCCCUUAAAAAUUAAAGCCAAAAUCGUGGGACCCCAAAUGGGUUCCUACUUCGGAGCGGCUCUGUGCUGUGUGGACAUUAACUCUGAUGGCAGAAUUGAUUUGUUGGUUGGAGCUCCCAACUACGUGAAGAGAGAUAGUGGCUUCAAAUAUGAUCAGGGUGCUGUUAUAGUUUAUCUGAACCGGGAGAAGAACUCAACAUUUGUUCUAGAAGAAUCUACGUAUGUGUAUGGUAGCGAGGCAAGCAGAGCCAGAUUCGGAAGCAGUAUAGCUAGCCUUGGUGAUAUCGACGGUGACGGAUUUAACGAUGUGGCAAUUGGAGCGCCUUGGGAGGAUAAUGGAGUUGUAUACAUAUACCAAGGAAGCAAGGCCGGAAUAAAACGGGACUACUUGCAAAGAAUAACAGCCGAGAGAGCUAGUGGGUUCGGUAUUUCUAUAUCUACGGGAAAAGAUGUUGAUAAUGAUUUGUGUAACGAUGUAGCCAUAGGCGCCCACGCAAGUGGCAAGGCGUACCUUUACAAAUGUACCCCCACCAUAAAAGUCGACGUGCUAAUCAAGCUGCCGGACAUAGCAGACUUGCCAGAGAAUGCUAACAAUUUCACAACUUAUUUCUGUUUGAAUGUCCGUCCUCAAUAUUAUUCGCAUGUAAAAUUGAAACUACAAGCAAUAAAAAUGAUUGAUGCUGAUUUGAGAAGAGCAUCAAUUUUGGAAGAUACUACUAAUGAGGUCACUCUGAGCCCUGGAAUUGAAAUGUGUGAUGAACAUGUCGUUAUAGUCAAUACCACAACAGACCUAACAAAACCAAUACCGAUAUCCUAUGAACUGAAGUUAGUGACGCCACAAGACAGCGCCCGACUAGCCGAUGAUUCAGUGUUGCAAGCAUCAUCACUCUUCCAAAUGAUCUAUGACUGUGGCAAAGACAUGAUUUGCACACCUCUCCUUAAAUUGACACUGGAACCCUUUGACUCACCUUACAUACCCGGCACUAACCAAAAACUAGGUGCCAAAGUUACAAUAGUUAACCACGAGGAGCCUUCAUACGGCAUCAAAUUAUACCUAACAUUACCGCUGGUCCCAAAACGGGUCCCCACUUCAUGUACCCUACAAGACUUCAACAUGACAUGUUACCUACCAGCUUUGUUCAGGAGAAAUGAUACAGCUGAAUUCGAUAUAGAACUGGAGUAUGAGUAUUCAGGAAAUUACACCGAUUUGGUUUUAACGGCUGAGAUGGUUUUUGCUGAUAAUGUUACUGUUAAAGAAUUAGUGCUUGAAGUACGGCCGGUGGCUAAUAUAACUGUCAGUGGGAAAGCUUUACCAAAUGUGACAGUAGAAGUUUCAAGAGAUGCACUUUAUGGAGAGGCAAAUAUAACGUUUCUUCAUUAUUAUCAGAUAAGCAAUUUAGGGCCGUCUGACUGGUACAAUUUGAAAGCGGUAGUCCAUAUACCGGACAAGAUUAACUUAUCAAGCCCAGUGAUGGGUUGCGUGGGAAGUAUGGAUCAGUUGGACUGCGAGUGGACGAUAGCGGCAAAACAUACUAUAUCUGUAGUUCUGCCUCUGAGAUUAGACUUACUUGUCUAUGGUAAUUUUUUAAAAGAAAACACUACGUAUAAUGCUACUUCAAAGAUUCACAUACUGUCUUUCGAAAAGUAUACAGCAGUAAGAACUAUACUAGUUCUCGACCCGGCUCCUCCUCUCUGGCCUUGGAUCGUGGCCGUCGUAGCCGGAAUUCUUCUUUUAGCUAUCAUAAUGCUUGUACUGUAUAAGUUUGGAUUCUUCACGAGACCGAAGAAAGAGGAUCUCAAACGUCUCAUAGAAGACAAAAACACACAGCAGGAGCCAAGCAGUUCGGAACACAGCUGCCCUACCGUUGACGAAGGCAACUCGGCAUCAACAGCAGCUAUUUGCGAAACGAGAUCGGAUUUCGACCAAUCAACGCUCUUUGACGUGUCCACUUUAGAAUAUGACACGACGACAACGCAAGAUGACAAUGACACGUCGACACUCGAUACUUGUUCGCGAGAGCUGAUCGAAUUGGAUUCCGAUUGAAUUAAUAAGUUGUUUAUUUGUUAAGAAAAAAAAAAAGGAAAGUCUCCACUUUCAACUGUUUACUGUUUUUUUUAAAAGGUGACUUUUUUUUAAACAACAGCAAAUUUUCUAAGCAAAUUUAUGGAAAUGAUAAAUUUUUUAGACAAUAUUGUAAUUUCUACCGAAUGUUUUGUGUCGCAUUCGAAUGUUUUGUGUCGCAUUCUGAAACUUAUUGUAUCAAGGAAGAUUUUGACAAUUUUACAAUUACUUCACGCAUUUUUUUUUGUUAUUUGAAACGUGGACGAAUGUGUUGACACGACGUACGUAGUCAAAAUGAGGUAGUUUUUGCCUUUACAAAGUGAAUUCGUUACAGUAUUUGUAGUGUUUGUAUCUAGCAAUGGAUACAAGACGCUGUCUCACACACACAAGUCGGUAUUAUAAAUGUCAAGUUGACAGUUGCGUGCGAGCGCCAAUCGCAGACAGACUUGUACUGGUACUUGGUGUGGUAG